AUGUCUGUUGACGACGUGGUGGCGAAAGCUCCGCGGGCCUCGAGGGGCGAGAGGAAGAAGAGGAAGGAAACUGCGCCAUCUGAGCGCUCAAAGAAGAAGGAAGUUGCACCGUCUGAGCGCGUGAAGAGGAAGGAAGUUGGGCAGCCUUCGGCGGCAGAGAAUCCCCGCAAGGUGGCUCAAGUGGAUACCCAACCGGCGCGGGUGGUUGAGCAAGCGGCUCAAACUGAGCGGGCAGCUGAGCGGGUGACUGAGAGAGCGGGUCAACAGUUGCCGCUUGUGAUCAUGGAUGGGGAUGCGUCCGGCGCACGCGUUGAUGCGUCUCAGCGUCCGGAGAAGUCGGCGGCCGGGAGUUUGUCUGGUGCGACGCUUCAACAGAGGCUGCCCGAGAUGGCCUCUGCCAUCAACUAA